AUGUACAAGCUACAAGUGGUCUUGGUGCCUCCGAGUCUUCAGGCGUCGACGCCAGUGCAGUUUGGUUACGGACCAACCAUUGCCGAAUCUUCUCAAUUGCUGCCAAACAGAACUAGCAUUGCGCAAAGCGCCGGAGAUGCCUCUUUGCAGUAUGCAAAUUUGAGAUCCGCCAAUGUAAGUUUCACUCCAAGCUAUUUCAACCAGUCUAGGUUUAGAAAGUUUCUCUUGUUUACCAAGCCGACAAACACGCUGUUGAACUUGAGUGAUGAAAUCAUUGAUAAGUGUGAAAAAAUGUACCCGAGCCUGCAAGAGGACAUUGAAAUCUUGAGUUUGCAAGACAACAGCGGUUGUGACCUUGAUCCGGAUUUUUUGAUAAAAGACGUUUUCAAUGUCAAUAACAUCGUGAGAGUUAUUUUGAAAAAUGAGAUAGAUCUAGACGAUUCCGCACCAGUGUCACUUUAUAGGUCGGUGAAACGAUCUAAAUUGAACAACGGAUCGCCUCAGUCGGUGCAGCCCCAACAACAAAUUCCGUCCUCCUCUGGUGUACUUCGGAUUGCAAAGAAGAGGCCACCAACAGGAACCACAACAACAACAACAACAACAACCAUUCGCAGUGGCACUAAUGGAUCUAUGAGGAUUUCUACUCCAUUGGCUAGACAAAUCUAUCCUCCACCUUCUUCGAAGAUCGUCUCCAACAAUUCAGAUGACGAAGACGAAGAUAUUGGUGAAAGGUCCUUUUUGCCGCCUCCAACGCAGCCUCAAUCACCUCCUAUAAGAAUCAGUUCGGGCAUUGACGUCGGUAAAAAAAUCAAAUCAAGCAUUGUUGAGGAAGAUAUUGUGUCCAGAUCGGCAACCGUAGAUCCAGAUAAAUCAAAGCAGCAACGCUUAUUGUCCGGAACUCCCAUAAUGUCCGCCAUGACUCCAAAUAGAGUUACUCUAACUGGUCAAAGGGUCGUGUCUGAACACGCACACAAGAAUGAACUGGUUUUUUCAGCCUCAGCCUCCUCUUCUUCUUUUGCUAAUGGUGGCACAGCUGCUGUUACAUCCCAGGACCCUAAUAGGAAACCACCCGUAACUACUCCAAGAAUAACAUCAGGAAUGUUAAAAAUCCCCGAGCCAAGAAUCUCAGAGAUUGAAAAAGAGUUAAAAGAGGGACCUUCUAGUCCGGCUUCCAUCUUGCCCGCUAAAGCUGCAAAAAUUCCAAUGAAAAAACCUUACUUGGAAAACGGCGAGAACUACGAAUCCGACGAUAGCUCAAGUAGCGAAAAUCAAGAAACACCUGAAACAGAGCCACAUUCAAAGGCGUCCUUACAGCGUAGUCAAAGUUCGAUCGCAGAUAAUAAUGGCUCUCCAGUAAAAAACAGUCCUCUUGGUGAUGCCAUGCCACACAAUGUUCAUUUGGCAGAGCUGCCCAAGGCAAACAAUACCUCUAUCACUAAAUCUUUAAAUGGUGAAUCCUCGGGAAAGCAACAAGAACAUCAACCGCCGCUGAGAAAGAGUUCGCUGGAAACUAUAGUAGAAAAGAAAUCUCAGGCAGAACCGUCUGGUAUGGUGGAACCAAAAAGAAUGACCAACUUCCCAGAUAGUCUGGGAAGAGAAAAAGAGGAUUCAAAUGACAAAUUGUUACAAAAGGAAAACUUCCCAACAAUUCCACAUGAUAAUCAACCAAUACUUGCAUCAUCUAAUAAGUCUAAUGGGACAGAGAACCCACUAGCCAAAAAAGUCAGUACAGACCGCCACGUUUCACAGGAAGAUGGCGCUACCAUCGACGGUGUCAUUGAGGAUGACGACAAUGAUGACGACAAUGAAGCAGACACUACCGUUCGUAUUGUUCCUCAAGAUUCCGAUUCCUCUAGUUUCCCAAAGUCAGAACUUUUCAAAAUGAUUGAAGGUGAUGAUACAGACCUACCGCAAUGGUUUAAGGGUAAAAACUCAAGAAAAAUAUUCACUUCCGGUAAUUCGAAGAAUUCAAAGCCUUACACUACGGUUUUGAAUAAGGAUAUAGACAAUUCUAAGCCUGAUCCAAGAAAUAUUUUGCCUCAACGAACCCCAAGAAGUGCGGCUAAGAGGGCUGCCCAAUUAUUAGCAGGUGCCAAGAAAAACGAGGCUCCAGAAAAGGCCACUGAAGAUUCCAGUUCAGCGGUAUCUACCGAUGAUGAAUCAGAAAGUGGGAUUGAAACAGAUGUUUCGUCAGAUGAUGAUCUUAAAAGGAAAAAUCUGUCGGUAACUAAUAAUGGGCCCAAAGACAUUUCUUUACAUUCACUGAAAGGCAGUGUUGUUCCAGUGACGGACGCAAAGUUAAUCAAUAAAGAAGGUGAUGAAGAAAGGAAUGACAAAAAAACCGUUCAAAGAAAGACCGAGGUAAGUGAAACUUCUAAAACUUCACAAUCUUCGGCGGCCGAUAGUAAAAUAAGUGAACAAAUGGCUAAGAGCUUCUACCCGAACUCAAACAAGAAACAAAAUGAACGCACAAGAGUGCAAACUAAAUCUGCAUCACCGGCAUCAUCUUUUCCUAAUGUUAAUAACGCUCCUUCCGUAGCUAAAAAAACAAUCACUUCUUCCACUGAAGAGGCGAAUCCUAAAAAUGUUUUAACAAAGCCUACGAAUGAGUCCACGCAGGCUGAUAAGCAACAGAAAGAAACGCCUCCAAAUGUAAGAGAUUUGAAACGCGCAAACGCCGAAGUUGACGAUUUAACGUCCAAGAUAGACCAGCAAACAGAGGAAUCUAAAGAACCAGAAAAGGCGCCGGCUAGUAUACAGGAUACUAACAAUACAAAUAAAUUGAAGGAGAAUGAAGACUCCAAAAGCAAACAGUUAACUCAGAAAAAGGUAAAACUCCCAAACCGCUCAAAAGAAGACAAAAUUCAGCUUCCAAAGCCUAGUGCAAAUGAUAAAUUGAAGGAUUUGAAAGCCAAAUUUACUAAUAGUAAGACAUUUGUGCCACCUGGAAUAAUUUCUAAUGAAAAUAAUAACUCUACUUCAAACAAUGACGAUUCUGGCUCCUCAGGUUCUUCCACAGAAGAAGAAUCCAGCUCAUCUUCCUCUUCUUCUGAUGAGGAAACUUCAACAUCCAGGAAGGCGAGAAGAGUUGUUGUAAAUACACCAAGAGAACCAGUUAGAUCUUCAUCAUCCAAGAUGGAAACAGUCUCUCCAUCACUGAGCCAAAGAAUCAAUGCUACCCCUGAUAAAGUCCCAGUUACACAGUUAAUGGAUAUGUCCUCUCCUCCAUCUGUAAAAUCCAAGAACGCUACAAAACCGUCUAGUAUUCUUCAUGAUCUUCCAAGAAAAGUUCGUCCUUCAUUGAGUUCAUUAUCUGAUCUUGUUUCGAGAGGCAUUCCGGAUGUAAAGGAAAAAACUUCUAAAUCAAAUGAGAAAGCCCAAUCAAAAGCCCCCUCAAGUAGCGAAGAUGAAUCCAGUCCUGAUUCUGAUUCCAACUCUAGCUCGGACUCUGUAUCGGAUUCCAGCUCAGAUUCUAGUAGAUCUGAGUCAGAUUCGGAUGACUCAGGUAAUUCUUCUGACGAUGGGAAAAGUUUUAUUAGUGCAAAAUCUGCUAGUGCUGCUUUAGGUAAAAAGAAGAAGCCAAGUGGUGGAUUUGCAUCCUUAAUAAAAGAUUUUAAGAAAAAAUGA